UGAUUCUUUGUCAUACACAGCAUCAUCUUCUACCUUGUGUUGUGUCUGUUUGUGUGAGUGGCAUAGGCAUAACCAAUGGACGCCACGAAGGUAGUGACGCUGAAAGCAAUCGAAGCAACUCCGUCAACCUUCAAAGACUACGGUCAGGUCAUCGAGGCUUCGCCGGACGGCCAGGAAUUUGGUUCCCACGAUGCUCAACUCGACCUUUCUCAAGGAACUCCAAGGUUCUACAUUAUGCAUAUUGAAAAUCGCCCGCUUAAGUUUUCUAGUAUUACACAUCAUGCAAGCGUGACUCAGUGCCUCGGGUCUAUUGGUGGCCAUGUUUGGUAUCUUGGAGUGGCCAAGUCAUCCAUUGUUGAUUCAAAUGAAAUCAAGGAUGGCACAAGCAAGAAGAUUGUGCAGUCACCUUCCGGUCAUUCAUAUGUGCCUCCAGCCAUUGAGGAUGUCCAAGUUUUCAAGGUUGCAGGUUCCAAAUUUCUUAAGCUUAACCGGGGAACAUGGCAUGCUGGCCCUCUAUUUAAGGCAGCUGCAAUCGACUUUUACAAUCUAGAACUGAGCAACACAAAUGUAAUUGAUCAUACCACACACAGCUUUGAAAAUGACAAUGGAGUGGUCUUUUUAAUUGAUGAGUAACUUCAUAGUUUACCACCGAGCAUAUGGAUCAAUGAUUGUUCAAGCUUAAUCAGAGGUCUCAGCAUUCGAAUUUGGGUAUAUACCUGCUUUAAAUACUCGGAGGAAGAGUUUUGCAGUUUAUAGUUGUCCUAUCUGACUCGAAGAGAAUUGCUUCCGGUAGAAGAUAUUUGUAAUCUAAACCAAAAAAAAAAAUCGUAGUUUUAUCUAGUUUCCAUCAUUUCAACUGCUUCUGCAUAUUGUAUAUCAUUAAAUGACGAUGUCAUAUAUAUGUUGUUUCUGGGAACUUCAGGUGUUGCUUCAUAUGGUGUCAUUAGUAGAAGAUUCCAUUUUACCUGUAUACUGUUCUGCAACAAGGUAGUCACUAGUUGACGUAUAAAGGGCCAAAUAUGCAUCAUUUCUUAUUUGCA